GUAAUAGGGGUACCACGGACUAUCUUUCCCAAUUCCCAUCCUCCAUUAAAAUCGUCUAGCCCUAAAAAAGAAUCCAAUUUCGCCCCCGCAAAAACCUCAAUCCCAAACUACCCUAAAUCAAUGUCGAUCAGCCUGAGAAAAGCCAACACUCGACUACCCCCUGAAGUAAACCGAGUUCUCUAUGUUCGAAAUCUGCCCUUCAACAUCACCAGCGAAGAGAUGUACGACAUUUUUGGAAAGUACGGAGCAAUUCGCCAAAUUCGUGUCGGAACAAACAAGGACACUCGAGGAACAGCGUUCGUGGUGUACGAGGAUAUAUACGAUGCUAAGACUGCCGUUGAUCAUCUGUCUGGGUUCAAUGUCGCAAAUCGGUACUUGAUUGUGUUGUAUUAUCAGCCUGCUAAGAUGAACAAGAAGAUUGAUUUUAAGAAGAAGGAAGAGGAGAUUACCAAAUUGCAGGAGAAAUAUGGUGUUUCUACUAAAGAUAAGUGAUGUUUUUUUUUUUGGGGUUUUAGGGUUUGUGUGGGGGAUUAUGUAAAAUGUGGUUGGUUUUUAAGGUUUUGUAUUUUCCGAUGAUCGACACUGUUACUACUUAAUAUCUUAGUGUUAAUUGUUGAUUACCCUAUGAAGUUUAGUUUGAGUUCUUAUUGCUCUGGAAUUGAAUUUUUGUGAAGUACUGUAUUAGUUUGUGUGAUCUUGUUGGAUUAAAUAAGCUUUUUUUCUUGA